AUGUCGCCCUCUUUGACUUUCACAGACUCGAGUAUUGUUAUGGCAGAGCAGAGCAGCCGCGAUGUGGUAGAUCAGACCCUGUCGGGCGGCGAGCCUUCGCCUUCCGACGUUCCUGCGAGCACAACCGACAACACUUUUGCUGGAGAGGACGUGGGGGAGACCAAACAUAUCGCAACAAGUUCAGGGCCUCAAAUAUCAACUAUGCAGCAAUCCGACGACGUAACGAGGGAUACAACUGAAUCUCAAGGCGGACGAGCUGGAGGUGCCAGUGAUCCUUUGAUGGAUGCAAAGCAGGGUGCUGGUUUGGUUGCGUCAAGGGCACUUGAAUUGAAUGGACUAGCUUCAGGAUCAGAUGGUGGGGAUGAUACGGCUUCCCAAGGUGGUUCGGAGUCCGACACCAGUCGGACAGACGGCAGACAUCACCAUAGGACAGGAUCGGUAAAGAAGCCCACGGCCUUUGGAAAAGUUUCCUUUACGAAGUUUACGGUUCCAAAAGCGCCGGGGGCUUCUGCGCCUUCUAAGGCGCCUGAGAAAGUGACAUCUACCUCCACGACGCCCCUUGGAACGCCACAGCCAAGCUCAAGACCGCGCUUGGUUGCUAAAACCACUGGCGGGAUGCGUGAUUCGAUUUCUAGAACAGGCGCUGGAGGUGCUAAGUCUGGCGGAUCAGGACCGGAUCCGACACAAGUCUGGAAUAAAAAUCGACCUGUUCAGCCAAUACCGCCGAAACACCUGACGGAUGAAGAAUUGAAACAACAAUAUGGCAUUCAUAUGACCUCCAGAAUUCAAGAGGAUGGCGGUGGAACCGAGUCCAAAUGGGCAGAUAUUGAUGAUGACGAAGAUGACUGGGCACCUGAGACUAUUGAAUGGACUGAUGGUACGAAGGUCACACUCACCCAUAAUGAAUCAAUGCCGCCGCCAGAACAAAUCCCCGAUGUACAAACAGAAACACCAUUACCGGAACAGACUGUGAUCCAAGAUCCUAUUAAAAUAGCUGCGCCGAAGCCAACUACUUCUGUGGGACCUAACCCAACAGUUCUUCGACUUGGUGCAAAUGCUGAGCGUCAAGCUAAAGCUGCCAGCAUCUCAAGGGGACCUAAUGACCGAUUUCCGUCGGGCUCUACAAGUCCAGCUCCCCCCCCGGCAAAGUCUCCAUGGGCGACUCUACCCCCCGUGGAAAGAGUAUCUCCAGUUGUCAAUGCUCCCUUCCAACCACCCCCCACAGUAUCUCAGCAUCGUGUCCCAGUCCAUCAUCCCCACAGGGAAGACGGUCAUCAUGCUCCACCGCCGACUCAUCAGAUUGCAGCUGAUGACUUCAAUCGCGCUUGGAAAGAGCCUAGUUCAGCUGCUCCUAGAGAACUUUAUAAUUCUCGGUCUGGUCAAUUAGAGCCUGUAGCAGACACUCGGAGAGGCUCUUGGCGGCCCGAUCAGGGACCCCGACCUCCUGCUGUGCUGCAGAGACCUGGUCAUGGUGAUCAUAAUGGUCCUGCAGAGCCGUCAGCAGCAUUCCAAACUCAUCGUUCCAGCCACCAAGAUGGCAUGGGUUGGAACCGUCGGCGUACAUCAUCGAAUGUAAGUGGUGGAAGCGGAAGCUUUGGUCGUCGUAUGUCGUUUGGUAGGGAUGCAGCUCCACGAUAUAGUGAGGGACGGAGAGGCUCCCAUGCAAAUGAAGAUUGGGUUGACCCAGCCUUGAGCCGUGAACCGGGCCAUUUCCAAGAGUCUUUCUCACAUCGCCAUGCUGGCCCUAGCCGGCCUGCGCCACCUUCAGUAAGUAUCGGUAGUGAAGCAUCACCGGUGGAGAGCCAUGCCGCUCCUACUGCCGUUCCAGAAGUACCACAGGAAGAUCCGGUUGUCUUACAAGAACGUAUCAUGAAGGAGAAGCGAUUGGAGGCUAGGCAACGACGACUAGAUCAAGAAGAGAAGGAGAAGCAGGCGCGCGACGAGAGAAUUCGUCAGAAACUUGCGGCUCUAGGUCCUCCCCCGGAGAAGAAACGCAAGGAUAGUCUUGAGAGUCGCAAACCACCAGCGGCUGUAUCAAGUACCUCACCUACAACUAUUUCUUCUCCACCUAAACCCCCUGUUCCUGAGCCCACUGGUGAACCAAAACAAUAUGGGAUGAUGAAAGUUCAUCACCCUGAUGCGGUGAAGAAACUUGUGGCGGCAAAUGAGAGAGAACGCGCCGCCGAGAAACAGGCAGACAAACCCUCACCUCACUUGCGCCGCUCCUCUUCCCCUCACCAUCUCACAUCCAAACGUGACCCUGCACCUCCUUCUUUCGACCAACCUCAACCUUCUGAACCCCGUUCUCAAGACUCCAAAGUUGAUGAGCAAGGUGAUCAUUGGCGAGGUAAUUUGAACGUUCCCAACUCCUACGUCCCCUGGUCUGCUCCGAACCUUCCAUCAACUUCGCCUUCCGUGAACAAUCUCUGGAAGCCUUUGAGCAGUGACCGCACACUUGGUAACGGAAUUUUUGACCAAGCCCUUGGCGGUUUUCCCUCAAGAGAACUUCCUUUACGCAGCCAACUUGGUCUCGAUCAACCCACGAUGCCUGCUAGUCAGUCUUUCGCAGUCUCUCAGGACCCGACUCCUGUUCCAAAUCUGCCCUCGCCUGAGACUAGAGCUGCCUCUUUCGACCCUCUUAGUCCUAUUGGUCGACCUGGUCCCAUCGGACCCCCAAGCUCUAUGGCUCCAAACUGGCCACAGGCCAGAGGCGUGAGCGCUUGGAACAACUUUGGUCCCAUGGCCAACAAGCGUGAAUCCGAGCAAAAUCAGAAGUAUCGGCAAGAGUUCAACGAUGCCCAGAAGCUCCGACAGGAGAUGCCCAAAACCCAGGCUCAAGAGAAGCCAGAGUCCCUCAAACAUACCUGGAAAAAGGUUCUACCCGACAGAGAUGCCCGACAGAUGAAUGCAGCUGUAAACGCUGACGCUAAGCCUAUCAGCCAGUCUGCUGCACAACCUGACGUGGCUCCUAUUCUUGGGUCAUCCCCCGCACAGAAUCUCAGGCCUGCUGCCGCGGUUGCGAACCCGCUGAAUGGCAUUGAAGAUCCUGCCGAUGCGCGUCCAAUUUCCUAUGCCCCAGCUCGCGGUGGUUCGCGCUUCUUCCCUCAUGCUGGGGAGCAGUCAAAACGUACCCAUCGCAGUCCAUCUCCACCACCACCAGAAGAGGUUUCACACCCAGUCUACUCGAAUGGCUCGGGUCGGCCCUUAGUUCAUCUGCCUACUCCCAAGCCUGUCGUGAAGUUACCUCCCAAGGCUGUGGCAGUGGCCGCUACUCCUGUGCCACCACCAACCUUUGCUUCUAUGGCUGCCGCUGCGCCUCCCCGAGCAAAGCCAUCGUCUGAUUCGAGUACCAUAGACUGGCAAGAGAAGAUAAAUGGCCUUUUGGGCAAGAAAUCUACUCAUGAUAGCAAGGGCGUCUUGGCUGUCGCCUCAGCUUCAAAGGUACCUCUGGAUGUUCAACUACCAGUUGCGGCUGUAUCUGUAUCUUUACCAAGUAAUGUCGAAGUUCAUACGCAGACUGGUGAUGGCGACAUUGCCGCCAAGCAGGUGGCCGAGGGUGAGGAGAUCUUCGAGGAUCGUGAACCCGGCUCACAGCCCGGAGUUCGCUUGCCCAACAUGGCUCCACCAGCUGCGUGGCACGCUGCUGUGGCUCCCCAGCCGUCUCGAGUGCGUCUUAAACCAACGCAAGUGUCCAGCAUUGAUCCGAAUUGGUCUAGUCAUGUCGACAAAGAUGCACAUGGCAAUAUCCGAGCUACCGUUUUGCUUCCUGGACAAGAGGUUGGAAAAGUUGUCAUUCUGAAUCGAAAGCAUGGCCAGCAUACCCCGCGUCAUCGUAACACGCCCAACGCCAACCGCGCUCGCAAGGGCCUUAAGCCCCGUGAUCCGGAGAAUGGGUCGAGCUGGACUAAGAAGCCCUCUUCCCAGCAGACGGGCAGUUCCGAAUCGUCUCAUCGUAACCAGUCUCGGAGUGCAUCCUGGGGACAAUCUAACCAGGGCGCUGAGCAGUGA